GAUAAAAUGUGGAUAAGUGAUGGUUUAGCGAGUUCAGCGCAAGAAUCUACACAGUGAGAAAGAGCAACUCUUAUUUUUACCACAGACUUAUGAACACGGAGCCUGACGUCUCAUCUUUGAUUCAUAUCCUCUGACCAGCGACACCUGAUUUCUGCAACUUUGAACGCGGACCCCGUUCCCUCUCUCUUCUCUCUCUCUCUCUCUCUCUCCUCGCAGCAGAACUUUUCCCACAGCCUCUCGCGAAGCGGGCUCCUCUCCAGGUCAUUAAAGCGCACGCUGCAGAUGAAGAAGAGUGUCUUUCUGUGCUGGCAGCCACACUUCACCGGCCCAUCCAUCCCACUCGAGCUCCAGAGGAUCCUCGUCAUUGUCGACACCUAACCAGGAUGAGGCACGCGCACCACAGCUGGAUGAGGCUCGCGUCCUCGCUGCUGCUGCUGCUUCAGACGGCCACCGCCAUGAUGAUGCUCCCCAACUCCACGGGCUGGCAGAGGAUCCUGGACAAGUACCUGGACGAGGAUGGGGAGUGGUGGGGGGCCAAGCAGAGGGGCAAGAGGGCGAUCACAGACAGCGAUGCUCAGCUCAUCCUGGACCUUCACAACAAGCUCCGAGGCCAGGUGUACCCGCCGGCUUCCAACAUGGAGUACAUGGUGUGGGACACGGAGCUGGAGCGGACGGCGGAGGAGUGGGCCGAGACCUGCCUGUGGGAGCACGGGCCCGCCGGACUGCUGCCGCAGAUCGGCCAGAACCUGGGAGCCCACUGGGGAAGGUACCGUCCUCCCACCUUCCACGUGCAGGCCUGGUACGACGAGGUGAGGGACUACUCGUUCCCGUACCCGCAGGAGUGCAACCCCCACUGCCCCCUGCGGUGCGCCGGCCCAGUCUGUACCCACUACACGCAGCUGGUCUGGGCCACGAGCAGCCGCGUCGGCUGCGCUAUCAACAUGUGUUACAACAUGAACGUGUGGGGACAGAUUUGGGCCAAAGCCGUCUACCUUGUCUGCAACUAUUCACCGAAGGGGAACUGGUGGGGUCAUGCACCCUACAAACAUGGAACCCCGUGCUCCGCCUGUCCCCCCAGCUACGGGGGAGGCUGCAGGGACAACCUCUGCUACAAAGCCGACAGCACCUAUCCUUCGCCGGAGGAAAAGGAAGAAAGCAACUUCAUCGAGCCAGAGGCCCCCCGUUCUCCGCAAAGGCCCCAGUCCUGGGCCCCCAGGGCGGAGCCUCCCGGGCUCCCCGCCCAGGUCCCCACCGAGCCCCCUGCAGAGGACGUGCCGGAGAACGAAGUGGUCAACACGCAGCAGAUGUCUCAGCUCGUGACCUGUGACACUAAACUUCGUGACCAGUGUAAAGGAACACCAUGUAAUAGGUAUGAGUGUCCAGCUGGCUGCCUGGAUGCUACAGGGAAAGUAGUUGGAACGGUGUACUAUGAAAUGCAAUCCAGCGUGUGCAGAGCUGGCCUCCACGCCGGCGUCAUAGACAACGACGGCGGAUGGAUGGACGUCACCAGGCAAGGACGCAAGGACUUCUUCAUCAGAUCCAGCAAGAACGGAGUCCAGUCUUUAGGGAAAUAUCAAAGCGCUAAUUCCUUCAGUGUUUCCAGAGUCACGGUUAAAGCCGUCACGUGCGAGACCACCGUCGCACAGCUCUGCCCGUAUGAGAAGCCUGCGAGACAUUGCCCGAGGCUGUACUGCCCGAGAGGCUGCCUGGAGGAGAACCCCCACGUGUCCAGGGUCAUCGGCAGCAGAACAUACUCGGACAGGUCCAGCAUCUGCCGGGCGGCGCUGCACGCCGGGGUCAUCAGGAACGACGAGGGCGGCUACAUCGACGUGAUGCCGGUGGACAAACGCCGCCACUACGUCGCCUCGCACCAGAACGGCAUUUCCUCCGAGAGCCUCCAGAACCCUCCUGGAGGGAAGGCGUUCCGGGUGUUCGCUGUGAUUUGAGCGCCCCCAGAGGGGAAGGUGGAGGGGAGGUAGGGAGGGAGGAGGCUCCACUGAGCAGAAAGCGCACUCGAGCUGUUGAAUAGGCAGCAAUCAAGGCCUGUUUUCCAACUCGGUGACUGAGAUGUUUAUGGCUUCCCUACACUUCAGUGGUUAGAGGUCGUCUCCAUGACGGCGGAAACCCGGCAACAAAAACUUGACGCGUACGACACAAUGGGAACCUGUCUGCACGCCUUUUCAUUCCUCAGCUUUAGCAGGAAGUCUGCUGAACUGUAAAUAUCUCCAAAUGGUUUGCUAAUAUUUAGUUGUAUAUAUCUGUAGAUAGCUUUACACUCGUCUUGUCUCGGUGCCUUUCUUGCCUUUUAAACAAAUACAGUAGCUCUUAGGAUUUACUUCAAGGGUACGAUGGACGAGUCUCAUGUUUAUUGUCUGGCACAUUUUUACUGGUGUCUUGCCAUGUUUUGUACUUUUAUAAUGACUGAGGAUUGCAUUUAUUUUUAUAUGAUAAUGCUUGUAUCAAUAUGAUUUAUAAAGGAUGCUGCUAUAUGUGUGUUUCAUAUUGUAACUAAUUGCCUAGUUUUUGCUGCUGAAGCGGUUCCGUUCAAACUCCCUGCCGGUCGGGAAGUGCACAAAUCCCCCUGAACUUGUUUAUAGGUCAUUUGAUGAACAGAAAAAAAAGGUUUAUUUCAUACAAACAUUAGGGACAUGCUCAAGUUUUCCACCACUCUCUGCUUUCUUUCAAGCUGCGGUUGCUAUAACGAGCGUUAAAGUGUAUUUUUGUCUCUCGGUGCAUUACAUGUAUUUUCCUACCUCAGGUUGUUAGGAAAAGUUCAUUUUGCAAUAAAAUAUUACAA